UCCCUGCUCCGGCCUCGCCACCCCACGCCGCCAGCCAUGAGCCAGUCCUACUCCUCCAGCCAGCGGGUCUCUUCCUACCGCCGCACCUUCGGCGGCGGCGCCUCCCCGGUCUUCUCCCGCGCCUCCUUUGGGGGCAAGGGCAGCAGCGGCAGCUCCGUCACCUCCCGCGUCUACCAGGUGUCCCGCACCUCGGCCGUCCCCAGCCUGUCCAGCUUCCGCACCACCCGUGUGACGCCCCUGCGCUCAUACCAAAGCGCCUACCAAGGUGCCGGCGAGCUGCUGGACUUCAGCCUGGCCGAUGCCAUGAACCAGGAGUUCCUCCAGACCCGCACUAAUGAGAAGGUGGAGCUGCAGGAGCUCAACGACCGCUUCGCCAACUACAUCGAGAAGGUGCGCUUCUUGGAGCAGCAGAAUGCCCUCAUGGUGGCCGAGGUGAACCGCCUGCGGGGCAAGGAGCCCACCCGCGUGGCCGAGAUGUACGAGGAGGAGCUGCGGGAGCUCCGGCGCCAGGUGGACCUGCUCACCAGCCAGCGGGCCCGUGUCGAGGUCGAGCGUGACAACCUGCUUGAUGACCUGCAGAAGCUCAAGCAGAGGCUGCAAGAGGAGAUCCAGCUGAAGGAGGAGGCUGAGAACAACCUGGCUGCUUUCAGAGCCGACGUGGACGCAGCCACGCUGGCACGUAUCGACCUGGAAAGACGCAUCGAGUCCCUGCAGGAGGAGAUCGCCUUUCUCAAGAAGGUGCACGAAGAGGAAAUCCGGGAGCUGCAGGCUCAACUGCAGGAGCAGCACAUCCAGGUGGAGAUGGACAUCUCCAAGCCCGACCUGACGGCUGCGCUGCGGGACAUCCGCGCCCAGUACGAGAGCAUCGCUGCCAAGAACAUCGCCGAGGCCGAGGAGUGGUACAAGUCGAAGGUGUCUGACCUGACACAGGCGGCCAACAAGAACAAUGAUGCGCUGCGGCAGGCGAAACAGGAGAUGCUGGAGUACCGGCACCAGAUCCAGUCCUACACCUGCGAGAUUGAUGCCCUCAAGGGCACGAACGACUCACUGAUGCGCCAGAUGCGGGAGAUGGAGGAGCGCUUCGCAGGGGAGGCCGGCGGGUACCAGGACACCAUUGCCCGGCUGGAGGAGGAGAUCCGGCAGCUGAAGGAUGAGAUGGCCCGGCACCUGCGUGAGUACCAGGACCUGCUCAACGUCAAGAUGGCUCUGGACGUGGAGAUCGCCACAUACCGCAAGCUGCUGGAGGGCGAGGAGAACCGGAUCAGCAUCCCCAUGCACCAGACCUUCGCCUCCGCACUCAAUUUCCGAGAGACCAGCCCAGAGCAGCGCGGCUCCGAGGUGCACACCAAAAAGACCGUGAUGAUCAAAACCAUCGAAACCCGCGAUGGGGAGGUGGUGAGCGAGGCGACCCAGCAGCAGCAUGAAGUGCUGUAGAGGAGGCUUCUCCGGCAGCCCGCUGGCACCUUCCGUCCCUGCCUCCGUCCUGCCGCCAAGCCCCCCUCCUGCCCCCCACCUCGCCCCCUCGGCGCUCCCCCGGUACCGCCCAAGGGGUCCCCCCCCCGCAGCCGCCUCCGGGCCCCCCACACCCCCUGGGCUCUCUCCUUCGGCUUCGAAAGGCUCGCUCUGCUUUCGCAGCUUCGCAGCGGCAACGCCAGCGUCAGGAUCAGGCCCGGGCUGGGGGGGCGGCAGGAGGGAGGGAGGGGACAGGCAGGAGGGGCUGGGGGGAGCAGGUGGUGGCCUGGGCCAGCUCCCCGGAGAGCUGGACGGUCCCAGCAGCGGGUUCUGGAUCCCCCUGCAGCCCCCUCCCCGCACCAGGCAUGGGCUCAGGGUUCAUCCCGCGGGAGCAGGGACCCGUCCCGCCGCACCAGCACCGCUAGCCUCCCUGGAGCUGGCACUUCUUCGGGUGUAUGGCGGCGAUGCUGGGGAUGGGGAGAAGAGGGGUCUGGGCCGAGCCCCCCCUUCUCCACCCAGCUUAGAGCCAGGGUGCUUCCAACCUGUAUCCCCCUCCUGGCCCAGGGGGGCUAGGGACCUGCGCUCCCCCCGGCCUGAGAGGCAGCCCUGUGGGGCAGAGGAGGGCAGCGCCUGCCCCCCCCAUCACGGGGACCCCCAGCAGCAGGAGGCUGCGUGGGGCCAGGCUCGUGAGCCAAGAGGGUACCCGUAGGUGGACACAGGAGAGAGGAGGAGUGAAUGAGUGGGAGAGAGGGGGGAGAGAAGGAGAGGAGCCGGAGAGAGCCGGGGGCCAGGGCAGGCGCCCCUACCCCUCACCCCACUGCACCCCCACCCCACCACAUCUACGUGACUCUUCAGGCGGCUGAAAUAAACAGUGGAGCAUCA